GGGAAUAGUAUACAUGCACAUAGAUAUAUAUAUUAUUAGUUGAAUUCCCACUCAUGCAUAUAUAUUAUGUAGCACAAAUUAGCAAUGGCCAUUAAAAUUGUGGAGUUCCACUGUGUCUCGCCGGCAGCCGGCGCUGGCGCGGAGCAAUCGCUCCCACUUGUAUAUUUUGACAUGAUAUGGCUCCACUCUCCUCCCGCUGAGACUCUGUAUUUCUACCACACCAAAUACUCAGAAUCUUAUUUUUUGGAGACCAUUGUCCCAAUGCUCAUAAAAUCCCUAUCCAUUGCUCUCAAAUACUACCUCCCACUUGCAUCCAACAUCAUCUUCCCUCUCACCUCCGCUACUAUGCCCGUCGCCCGAUAUGCUGAUGGGGAUUCUCUCCCACUCACAAUCGCCACCUCCGACGCCGACUUUCCCAAACUAACCGCCAAUCAUUCAAAGACUACUCAUGAAUUCCGUCAAUUCGUCCCUCAAAUGCCCACGGCAGUUUACUCCUCCGACAACAUCAAAUUCAAGGCCGCCACUAUUCAGGUAACCUUGUUUCCGAACGAGGGAAUCUGCGUGGGCGUGACAGACCACCACGCCAUAAGCGACGGCGCUAGCCUCUUCUCCUUCCUCCGCACAUGGGCAUCGAUCCACCAAUCCAACUGCGCCGGAGAAUAUUCCGUCCUCGACCCUUUCUACGGUCGAGAUUCCGUUCAAGAAUCCGACAAACUCUCCGCCUUUGUUUGGGAGCAAGUGAAGACGAGUGGGCCCAGUUUUACACGUACCAUUUCCUCCCCUUCACAUAAAGUCCGAUCCACUUUCAUCCUAAGCGAUGGAGAGAUGAAGAAACUCAAGAAUGGAAUGUCGACGUUUGUGGCAAUUUGCGCCCAUAUCUGGAGCUGCCUAGCCACCUCCGCGGCCGCAGCCGGGGAGGUGGUGCAGGACGACGUGCAAGAGUACCUAACUUCUCCGGUGGACUGCCGGAGGCGACUCAACCCCCCGCUGCCGGAGAAUUAUUUCGGUAACUGCUUGGUGUUUCUGAGAGCGAGGUGCAGCCAUGGGAGGCUCAAGGGGGACGGGGGAUUUUUAGCUGCGGCGGAUGCGAUUGCAGCAGCGGUCAAGGAGGCUGGCCAGGGAAUUUUGGAGGGUUUCAAGAGGAAACCAGAAAGUUUUUCGGAGUGGAAAAGCCGGAAUCGGGUUAUUCCCAUAUCCGGAUCGCCGAGACUUGAUCCAUGCGCUCGGAUUACGGAUGGGGAAGAGCGAUUAAGUAUGAAUGUGUGCAUACAGAUUAUGAUGGAGCGGUUGAUCUUUGCAAGGGAAGAGACGGUGGAGUAGUAAUUGCAUUGGUUACUACUAAGCUUAAAAUGGAUGCCUUUGCUGCUAUAUUCAACAAAUAUUUAUACAUCAAUAGCAACCUUUGAUUUCGUGUAUAUGAAUUGCUAUUCACUAUUCCACAUUUCGACUUUCAUACAUCCCUGCUUCAACAGAUAUUAUGUUCAAUCCAAACAUGCAAAGCUUCAGCAUCUAAUUAAAUAUGAAUAAAAUAUUAUUAUUUUUUA